AAACUCUUUUGUGCCAUAGAAUUCUUCUCUGGAACCAAAUUUGGAACUUUUUGACUGAACAAAAAUGGAUGCUCUCGACUCUGUUUUCGAUCCCCUUAGAGAUUUCGCCAAAGACAGCGUUAGGCUUGUAAAGAGGUGCCACAAGCCAGAUCGCAAAGAAUUCACCAAAGUUGCUACUCGUACUGCAAUCGGCUUCGUUGUGAUGGGAUUUGUAGGAUUUUUCGUCAAAUUGAUCUUCAUUCCUAUCAACAACAUCAUCGUUGGUGCUUCUUAAUCGCAUACCAAUCCUGUUGCGGCUUUGGAUGUUUUACUCCAUGGAUUGUUAAAUGCCUUUAUGACUCCAUGGCAGUGAAUUAUCUGGAGAUACUGCUUUAAUCCCCGUUCUUCUUCAGAAUGUAUAUUGUGGUGCUUUGCAACAAGACAACUGAAACUCUUUUGUGAAACUGCAGGCCGUGUGAAGGAGAAACUAAAUGGAGAUAUAGAAGGAAGUAAUGACGACAGUCCUCACAAUUUAGUUUAAAUUUGUAACCUCUGGCUGUUGGAUAUUUCUGACAUGUUAUUCAGUACCCUCUUAUUGGUCUGAGUUAAUACUGUAGCAUUCAAAUUGCCUUUAUCACCUCCCUGCACCCUCAUAGUGGAAUUUUGUACACUUGUUUCCAGAUCAAAGUAUUUAUCUCUUAGUUUUA